AUGGGUUCGAGCGAUUCAAAACAAGGGGAUGCACAAGGGAGCGUGUUUAUUUCUCUUGAGUCUAGCAGUGUAAUGCCCGGAGGAAUUUUGCGUGGCAUCGUUCAUAUUGCUAUAACAGAACAACUCACUAACCCUUCCCUCUAUUUAAUUUUUAAAGGCAAUGAAGUAACUAAAUUCAAAACCUAUUAUCGCUAUAACAAGUAUAGCCGGAAUAGAAACAGUUACAAUCAUCACCAACCAUACACGAUGCAUUUAGGCAAGCAGCCCACAUGUGCAUUGAAACCAGCAUUAUAUCACUGGCCAGAUCAGGUAGCUUCACCUGGCAAUUUUAGCUUCCUUUUGAAUUAA